GUGACGAUUGUUCAACAGACAAGAAUGAGUGUUUGAGUAAUCCAUGUCAUCUCGCCGGCACACGUGUGUGUAACAAUACCUAUGGAGGUUUCAUCUGUGAGUGCAUGGACGGUUAUUCUGGCUUCAACUGCUCCGUACACGAAGACAUGGACCCAUGUUUCAGCAGUCCGUGUCUUCAUGGCGGUAUCUGCAGGGGGCGGAACACAAGUUUCGAAUGUGAGUGCAGGAAUGGUUGGAUGGGUCCUUGUUGUGAAAUGCUGGUCGACUAUUGUGCAGACGUUGCUAACCCUUGCCUCCACAAUGCAUCUUGCAUCAGUCUUCAAAAUGACUUCUUCUGCAGUUGCCCAACUGGUACCUAUGGUCGAUACUGUGAUAGUCUCCCUGGCCUGUGUACUCGCCUGAACCCUUGUCUGAACCUUGGAAACUGUACCGCUGACGGGGAAAUCUUUACUGGAUGCAGUUGUUCUGAUGAAUUCUAUGGUGACGGUUGUCAAGUAGUGAAAGACCACGACUGUGCCAGUAGUCCUUGUCUGCAUGGAGGCACAUGCUCACAGGAUUCCAGCGGCCAUAUAUUCUGUUCUUGUUUACCAGGUUACCAUGGUGACCAGUGUCAGUAUGAUGUAGAUGAGUGUGAGGAGGUUAUUUGUCCAGGUCUGGGGACAUGUAUUGAUGGGGUCAACAAGUACUAUUGUCGCUGUCCUCUUGGUAAACUUCCACCUAACUGUACAGAGGAUGUCACGGUUACCCAUGAUGUGUGUUUUGAGUCUCCCCUGCGAACAGCGAGCGCCUCUUUACCUUUUGGUAUACCAAUGAAUCACCAAUACAUGUCAGUCAGUUUCUGGGUGAAAUUCUCAACAAAAAAUGGAACUGGAACCUUCUUCUCCAUGUUUGAACAGACCGACCCUGGUUCCUCUACUGGACUGAUGUUACUGUUCAGUCUGGCCCAUGACGGCCUUCGCCUCUCUGUUAAUACCACAGAGGACACAACAAGCUUUGGCUCUUACAGUAUAAACAGUGGAGUGUGGCACCUGCUCGUUAUCACAUGGGACGCUACCAUAGGAAAGGUGGAGGUCAGAGCCAAUAGUAUACGUCUGAUACAGCUGACAGACUAUCAGCAGGGGAAACUUCUCAAUAAAUCUUACUGGAUUACACUAGGACAUGAGUUUUCCACUGCCAGUAUGACGUCUGUGAUAGGAGGGGGAUUCCAGGGCUGCCUAUCUCAAGUGAAUGUGUUUAGUUAUAUACUGGACACUAACACACAAGUAACAAAUAUGAUGUUGGACCCCUUCACUGAGAGGGAUCGUGGAGAUAUCCUUCAAUGGGACGAGUUUGAACUUUGGGGUCUUGUCAGGAGAGUACGACCUAGUACUAUACAGGACCCUGUCUGUGCUAGCUGUUUGUCUCCAGCUAAGAAGAGUCUUAGCCUCACCUGCCCUAAGGAUGAGUACUUGGUCUCUACCCUCCCAUACAGCCCCGUAUCAUGGAGUCUCUCACACCACCAGGGAGUGCUUUCAGUGAAGACAAACAUGCCAUCAGGUACUGUCUUGCCUCCGGGAAGACACAUUGUGAUAUACACAGCAUUAGACACAAACAACAAUACUGCCGUCUGCUCCUUCAGAAUCUACAUUAAUGAAAACCAAUGUGAGUUCCCUAGUUUAGUUGGAGGUGUGGCUAAGACUUGUCGGACUGGUGGUUUCGGUAAUUCUUACACUGGAUGUUUUCUGUCUUGCCCUUCCCUCCACCACACACUGAGCCAGACUACGCCCCUCUUAUACACAUGUGGGCCUCUAGGAUGGUGGGAUUCAGUGGCAGACCGGACGUGCGAUCCUACCUACCCUACAUGUGGAAAUAUCACCUCAACGGCUCUAGUGAAUUUGAAAGUGAGACUGGUGUACUCUGCUGCCCUGACCACGUGUCAGCAGGUGAGGAAUAGCCUGGAAACUUACCUACGCCAGCACAUCACUGCCUUAGACAAGCACUGGGGCAACACGAUGUGUACCCAGCUCGGCUGCACGGAUGUGGUCCUAACUAUUACCUGCAGCUCGCCAGCACCAGUAGUGGACAUUGCCAUCAGCAAUAUUGCAAUGACUUUGAUCACAACUGGAGGAGAUUCCAAGAGCCCCAAGGAGAUUUUUACUCAAGCACUCCUUGACCUGAACAGAUUCCACUUCGAGGAACAGAUUCCAAACACUAACCCUCUGAUAGGCCUGUCAACGGUUGAAUCGACCCUGAUCUGCCCCGACGGACACCUGCUUGUGGACACUGACUGUGUUAUUUGCGGUUUUGGAAUGUACCUCAAUAGGACAACUCAGUCUUGUUAUCACUGUCCUAAAGGAUUCUACUAUGACACAACCGAUGGCAACACUUCCUGUCGGGCAUGCCCAAAUGGAACCACAACAAAAUGUUCUGCAGCGGUGUCUCUGGAUCAGUGCCACGCUGUAUGUGAGAGCGGGUCGUUCUUCAACAUGACUGCAGGGAUAUGUGAGUUGUGUAACCUGGGAACAUACCAGAAAGAAAGUGGACAGUUUCAAUGCCAACCCUGUCCAUUUGGUCAAACAACUAUUCAAACCGGCACAUCGGACAUCAAACUGUGCUUCGACAUGUGUCCCCUUGGGUUUGAAAUUACUCAUAAGGGUCCGUGUCGUGUGUGUGAGGCGGGGACAUAUCGUGGGGAGGGGGAUGGACCUAUGUGUGUUCCCUGUACCUCCGGGAUCACCACACCAGGCAACGGCUCACAGACAGUCCUCAAUUGUACCAUAGUGAUAUGUCCCCCUGGCUAUAGAGCAGAACGUAACAGCACAAAUUGUAAGCCAUGUGAGCUUGGACAAUACCAACCUGAUUGGAACCAGAUAGAUUGUCUCCCCUGUCCUGAAAACACGACAACCGAGAUGGAGGCAGCUGAUAAUGUGACAAAAUGUGAAG